ACAGCUACAACAAUUUAUUGACAUCAUGGUAAACUCUGCUUUUCAACAGCAUAAGUUGAAAUAUUAACACUCAAAUGUCUGGUUCAUUUACAAGUCGUAAACACAUUGCUAGUUAACCCUGUCUGCUUGUUAGCGUUAGCUGAGGAAGUAGUUCUGCUGUUUGACAGCUGACUGAAAGUGUAAAGAAGAUAACGUUAGUGCGAUGGAGAGUUUACUAGUAGAAGACAACCCGCUGCUUCUACCUCUCAACAAGGACAAAACUAUCUAUGACGGAUUCAUCACAGUCCAGGAGAGAGACUUCAGAAUGAGAAUACUACUACCACCAAAUCGCCAACUCAAACAGGCCAAGCUGCACUGCUGUUGGCAGUUGAAAGACCUGUUGCGUGGAUAUGAGCACAUAGUGAAGCAGAGGCUGCAGCAGUCGGCUGAUCUUGUCAGUUUCAUUCUGGAGCUGAAGACCGUCUUGGAAGUGGGCCUGAAGAGCCGUCCCGACUGCCGCUCAAUCCCACCUCCGCAGUAUUACUCCCAGCUCAUCUCUGAGAUGGAAACCCUUGGGUGGGACAAGCUGCUGUUCAUAGACACCGAGUUCCGCACGUUGAGGCUGAAGGCGGAGGACUCUUGUGGAAGGCAACACAUUCUCACUAUUAACCUCAAGUCUAAGCACCCUGCAGAGGCUCCUGAAUGCUCGGCUGACCUUCCAGUUGCUCUGGCCAUAACCUGGACACCACAGAUUACUCUGGAGCAGCUUCACAGCCAGUUCCUGCUGGUUUUAGAGUCCCUGACCGACUUCUGGGACGUCCUGGAUGAGAUUGACAGCAAGACCUGGAUUCUGGAACCGGAAAAACCCAGCCGGGCCGACACCAUGAGGAGGAUCGCCAUCGGAAACAACGUAUCCAUCAAAGUGGAGGUGGAUCCCAGACACCCUAAGAUGCUGCCAGAGUGCUGCCUGCUGGGAGCCGAGCAUGUGGUGACUCCUCUGAGGAACAAGCUGAACGCCAACAUGCACUUGUGGAACCCGGACUCCAGCGUCUUCAACAACCUCCGGGAUGUUUUGGAGAUCGAAUUCCCGUCACCUGCCACCCACGAAAAAUCUAGCUUCAGUGUUGAAUGUGGGAUCUGUUACGCUUAUCGUCUUGAGGCUGCAAUUCCUGAUCAGGUGUGUAAUGACCCUCGCUGUGGUCAGCCCUUCCACCAGGCCUGCCUGUAUGAGUGGCUGCGAGCGCUGCCCUCCACCAGGCAGAGCUUCAACAUUGUUUUCGGAGAGUGUCCUUACUGCAGCAAGCCCAUUACUGUGAGAAUGGCAGCCCAGAAGUCUUGAGGAGUGGAUCCAUCUCAGUUUUGGGAGAAACAGCUUUAGAAAAGACGGUGAUACCACCAGAGAGGAGGAG